CCGGGGCUAGCUGGGAGCCCUUUCCACGUUUGCAACGCUGCGGCGCGCCCAGCCUUGCUCCUUGCCCCUCCAGUCCAGGCCGUGCGAUGGCGUUCGGGGCCCGGGGCUGGCGACCCCGGUCGCUGCUCUUGCUGCUACUCUGGGUGACCGGGCAGGCGGCACCCGUGGCGGGCCUGGGUGUGAGCUCCGAGCUUCAGAUCGAGCGGCGUUUCGUGCCGGACGAGUGUCCGCGCACGGUGCGCAGCGGCGACUUCGUGCGCUACCAUUACGUGGGAACGUUCCUCGACGGCCAGAAGUUCGACUCCAGCUAUGACAGAGACUCUACCUUCAAUGUCUUUGUGGGAAAAGGCCAGCUGAUCGCAGGGAUGGACCAGGCUUUGGUGGGGAUGUGCGUGAACGAGAGGCGCUUCGUGACGAUUCCCCCAGACCUUGCCUAUGGAAGUGAAGGAGUGUCUGGUGUGAUCCCUCCAAACUCGGUACUUCAUUUUGAUGUACUCCUGAUGGAUAUUUGGAAUUCUGAAGACCAGGUUCAGAUUCAGACGUAUUUCAAGCCUCCCAGCUGUCCUCGGACUAUCCAGGUGUCCGAUUUUGUGAGGUACCAUUACAACGGAACAUUCUUGGACGGGACGCUGUUUGACUCCAGCCACAAUCGCAUGAAAACCUAUGACACGUACGUGGGAAUUGGAUGGCUGAUUCCCGGGAUGGACAAAGGGCUGCUGGGCAUGUGUGUUGGGGAGAAGCGCAUCAUCACCAUCCCUCCUUUCCUGGCCUAUGGCGAAGAGGGAGAUGGGAAAGACAUUCCUGGGCAGGCGUCCCUCGUCUUUGAUGUUGCAUUGUUGGACCUCCAUAACCCCAAGGACAGUAUUUCCAUCGAGAACAAGGUAGUCCCCGAGAACUGUGAGCGCAGAAGUCAGAGUGGGGACUUCCUCAGGUAUCAUUACAAUGGCACGCUUCUGGAUGGCACCCUCUUUGAUUCCAGCUACUCACGGAACCACACCUUUGACACGUACAUUGGGCAUGGCUAUGUGAUUCCUGGGAUGGAUGAAGGCUUACUUGGUGUUUGCAUUGGAGAGAGGCGAAGGAUUGUGGUCCCUCCCCACCUGGGCUAUGGAGAAGAAGGAAGAGGGAAUAUUCCUGGCUCAGCUGUGCUGGUGUUUGACAUCCAUGUGAUUGACUUCCACAACCCUUCAGAUUCCAUCAGCAUCACGUCCCAUUACAAGCCUCCUGAUUGCUCUGUGCUGAGUAAGAAGGGGGAUUACCUGAAAUACCACUACAAUGCCUCGCUCCUGGAUGGGACUCUGCUGGACUCCACGUGGAACUUGGGCAAAACUUACAACAUUGUGCUGGGAUCUGGACAGGUUGUGCUGGGCAUGGACAUGGGUCUCAGAGAGAUGUGUGUGGGAGAGAAGCGAACGGUGAUCAUUCCGCCCCAUCUGGGCUAUGGAGAGGCCGGUGUGGAUGGAGAGGUGCCUGGCAGUGCCGUGCUGGUGUUUGACAUUGAGCUGCUGGAGCUUGUCUCUGGCCUGCCGGAGGGGUACAUGUUCAUAUGGAAUGGUGAAGUGUCUCCGAACCUCUUUGAAGAGAUCGACAAGGAUGGCAAUGGGGAGGUCCUCCUGGAGGAGUUCUCAGAGUACAUUCAUGCCCAGGUGGCGACAGGCAAGGGGAAGCUGGCCCCCGGAUUCAAUGCUGAAAUGAUCGUGAAGAACAUGUUCACCAACCAGGACCGGAAUGGGGAUGGGAAGGUCACGGCCGAGGAAUUUAAGCUCAAGGACCAGGAAACCAAACAUGACGAACUGUAAGCCUGGACACAACCAGUUUGGGCACAUGACACCAAGUGACCUUUUGUGGCCGAGCGUGCUGUCAGUCUGAAGGUUUCUCGGAGGGUGUGACAUUAGCAAAUAGUAGGUGGGCCAUGUAGUACCUGGAGCACACAUUGGGGUGGGUUGAUGUCCGUGGUGAGUGAGCAGUUGGGUGGAUUUCCAGCGAUAGUAUUAGAGUCUGCAGAGGGCCUUGGCAUGGGAAGGUCUGCACUGCCAAACUGUAUUUAUGAGUCUUCUGGGAAGUUGUGUUACUAAAGGAACAUUAUUUCACAGAAGACAUAGCUGUCAUGGAGGAAACAGAAGUACCAGGUGUCUACCUAGAGAUUGAUUCUUUUUUUUUUUUUUUUUAUCUUGCUGGUGUCUUUAAAAAUGUCCACUACAUGGGCAGAAAGGUGGAGAGAAUGAAUGCUCCAGCAAGGUUCCCAGACAGCAGCCAGUGCUCUUCUUAAUGCCCUGCUCUGGUGAUAGCAGGCUCUGUGACCUCCCCUUCCCCACCCCUCCGUCACCUUUCCUACAAAUUGCCAUCUUCUGCUUUUCCAGUUCACUACACUGGCUGCCCUCCAAUUGGUAGUCGUGUAACUUGAAGGUCAACAGGAGCUUCCCGGACAGGAAAAACCACAGAUCAAACGGGAGCUGUCUUAGCCCACGAGGAGAGGAUUUGGCUGCUAUUUGCUCUAUAGGAUUAUGUGCUUGGCACAUCCUAUCUUCCCAACACUGUCCUGUAGGGCUCUCUCCACUCUGCGUUCCUUUGGUUAGGUAGAUACAUGUAGGGCUGAUUGCUGGGUCUUGCCGAUCAGCCAACAGAAAAUUUUACUGUGACUAAGGUUAUCCCAACAAAUGAAGGUGACAUUUUUUCCCCACUUCUUUGGGUUUUGGAGGGCAAUUUGGGGUCUCCUGCUGUAGAAAAGCAAUAACAUUAUUCAGGCCAGCUCAUUCCCAUGCCACGUGGCAGCCAUAUUCCUGCCUUAUGUCCUGUUCCCAAGCGGUGUUGGCAUUUACCUUGAAGUAAUCAAGGGUUUCCUUUUGAAAUGGCUUUUUUACAAAUUGAAACUAUUUUGUACUGAUGUUGCCCUGAGUUCAUGCAAAUGCUGUGCACUUGUUCAAUGGAAUUAAUGUUGGAAAACUGAUUUUUUUCCUGAUAUAAAAUGUUGAAUCAUA